AUGGACAAGGUGUCUGACUUUCCCUUCCUCACAGUCGACGAGUUUGUCAAAGCUUGCGACCAUAUCCAACCUCUCCUGCCCGAUGGCGCUGUGCCCACUGCUGAAUUCGCAUGCCUGCGCAUCACCCGGCGCUUGGCUGCAGCUUCGGAACUUAACGCCGAUUGUCAGGAACACCUUGACCCGGGUCUCGAUACACCAGAGGACCACGACGAAGAAGCCAUCAUCAAAAGCUCUCAAGACGAUUCGUUUGUCACUGUACAUUAUGACAUCUUGCUGUCCCCCAGCUACAGAGUACCCGUGGUAUACAUGACCGUCAGCCCUCCGCUUCCUCUCUCUCGUUUCUUUGACCUUGUUGUGCCACUCCACUUUCGAGACGUGAUGCGCGAAGUAGGGGUCAUGGGUGCUUUAUCUAUGACGGACCAUCCUUUGACAGGAUUGCCGGCAUACUUUGUACAUCCUUGUCGCACUGCAGAUGCCAUGUGUGCCACACCAUCUGUAGAUGUCCAUCUCCGGGAUUAUAUGCUUGUUUGGCUAGGGAUUGUUGGAGCGAGUGUUGGUCUGAGUGUUUCGAGCACAGAAUUGCACCGUGCAUGA